GCGGGGGGCUCGGCCGGGCCGUCCGGGCCUGCGUAGCGUGAGAUUCUUCUUGUGGCCAGAUGGGUUUGUAUGGACAGACUUGUCCAUCUGUAACUUCAUUAAGGAUGACAUCUGAACUGGAGAGCAGCUUAACAUCUAUGGACUGGCUACCACAACUCACCAUGAGAGCAGCCAUCCAAAAAUCUGAUGCUUCACAAAAUGCACACGGACCAGGGAUUUCCAAGAAGAAUGCUCUCCUUGACCCUAAUACAACCCUGGACCAGGAAGAAGUCCAACAGCACAAAGAUGGGAAACCUCCAUACAGUUAUGCCAGCCUAAUUACAUUUGCAAUUAAUAGCUCACCUAAAAAGAAAAUGACUCUAAGUGAGAUUUACCAGUGGAUUUGUGAUAACUUCCCAUAUUAUAGAGAGGCUGGCAGUGGUUGGAAGAAUUCCAUACGACAUAAUCUGUCACUGAACAAGUGUUUCCUUAAAGUGCCUCGAUCCAAGGAUGACCCUGGAAAGGGGUCCUAUUGGGCAAUAGAUACCAAUCCUAAAGAAGAUGCACUGCCUACUCGGCCAAAGAAGAGAGCACGAUCUGUAGAACGGGCCUCAACUCCAUAUAGCAUAGAUUCAGAUUCUUUGGGAAUGGAGUGUAUUAUUUCGGGAAGUGCCUCUCCAACUCUGGCAAUCAACACUGUGACUAACAAAGUAACAUUGUACAACACUGAUCAAGAUGGUAGUGAUAGCCCCCGAAGUAGCCUUAACAACAGUCUCUCAGACCAGAGUUUGGCAUCUGUUAAUUUGAACAGUGUUGGAAGUGUGCAUAGUUAUACACCGGUGACGAACCAUCCAGAACCAGUCUCUCAAUCAUUAAAUCCUCAACAACAGCCACAAUACAACCUUCCAGAACGAGACAAACAGCUACUCUUUUCAGAAUAUAAUUUUGAUGAUCUCAGUGCCUCAUUUCGGAGCCUCUAUAAAUCAGUUUUCGAGCAGUCACUUAGUCAACAAGGCUUGAUGAACAUCCCUUCUGAACCUUCCCAGCAGUCCCACACUUCUUGUUCCUAUCAGCACUCUCCCAGCAGUACAGUGAGCUCUCACCCACACAGCAACCAAAGCGGCCUGUCCAAUAGUCAUGGCAGUGGCCUCAGUACCACGGGCAGUAAUUCAGUUGCACAGGUCCCGCUGUCCCACCCCCAGAUGCACACACAACCGGCUCCACAUCCACCCCAUCGACCACAUAGUUUACCACAGCAUCAGCAUCGUCCCCAGCACCCAGCACCACAUCCACAGCAGCACAGCCAACUCCAGUCCCCUCACCCACAGCACCCUUCACCACACCAACACAUACAGCAUCAUCAGAAUCAUCAGCAUCAGACGUUAACACAUCAGGCACCUCCACCCCCGCAACAGGUAUCCUGUAAUUCUGGUGUUUCAAAUGAUUGGUAUGCAACACUUGAUAUGCUAAAAGAAAGCUGUCGAAUUGCAAGCAGUGUUAAUUGGUCAGAUGUAGACCUUUCACAGUUCCAAGGUUUGAUGGAGAGCAUGAGACAAGCAGAUCUCAAGAACUGGUCUUUAGAUCAGGUUCAGUUUGCUGAUCUCUGUUCUUCACUUAAUCAAUUCUUUACACAAACUGGCCUUAUCCACUCACAGAGCAAUGUUCAACAAAAUGUUUGUCACAGUGCCAUUCAUCCAACGAAACCUUCCCAACACAUUGGAACAGGAAAUUUGUAUAUAGAUUCAAGGCAAAAUCUUCCUCCUUCCGUGAUGCCACCUCCUGGUUAUCCUCAUAUUCCACAGGGCCUCAGCACUCCAGGAACAACCAUUACAGGUCAUCACGGAGCCAUGAAUCAGCAGCACAUGAUGCCUUCCCAAGCCUUCCAGAUGCGACGCUCACUGCCUCCAGAUGACAUCCAGGAUGACUUUGAUUGGGAUUCAAUCGUGUAGAGCUUGUAUCUAGCCCCAAACCCCAUAGUCAGCCUUUCUGUGCAGUGAAGGGAAAGGUUUUUCAGAGAAUCCAGUUGAAAAAACAAAGUUACUAAUCACUUUACCAAUGUUAUCAGAAUUACUUUUAAAGACAAUCAAAAAGAUUUAGCUGGAUGACUUACUGCUUUUAUCUGACCCAAACAAGUACAUGUUUGUCUCCCUGCCAGCUGCCCUAUGUAGCUCCUAACUGUUGUGUGAUUUGACAGCUUUUGCAUAUUUGUGUCAGUUUGAUGUUGACCACAAGUGCCAGACUGAUUUUCAGACAGAGCCUAUUUUGCUGCAGCAGUUUAUAGAUAACGGAUUUGUAAAUACAUGUAUAAAAAUUACUGGAAGGUCUCAAUUUUUCUAAUUGGAUUAUUAUAGUCUUGAAAAGAAAGUUACUGUGAGUUUUUAUUCCUUCUUAGGCUAUUUUCUGCAGGAUGCUUUCAACUAUUAUAGGCAAUUGAAAGGAAAUAGAUUUUUUUUCAAAGCCAAUUCCCCCUUCAUUUAAUCUUUUUCAGAAACAUGGGCAAUGAGUGUUGUCAUUUGGAGUGUUUGAGAAUCCAGGGUGUGAUACAAUCUAGAGGGGCCCCUUGUUCCUGCCUAUGGAGCAUUAUAAAGAACUGACAAAAAUAUUUUGGUGCUUGGGAAAUUAUAGAGUUUAUGUUGUACCCUAUAUGUGUCUUUGUCUAAACCUGCAUUAUAAGUCUAAAAUUUAAUUGAUCUAUUAGAAGCUGGACAUUACUUAGCUCAUUAGAGAAAUCAAUGCCUCCACAUUCACUUAUGUAUUUAUUAUUCAAAAGUGUUAUUUUAGUAUUUAUUGCUACCUUCUGUGAAUGCUCAGCUCCUAUUGGGUUUAUUAAGGAGAAAUGCAGUGUCUGAGCACACAGGAUUCUUUUUUUCUUGAUAAGAGUUUACAGACAAGACAAUCAGAGAUUGUAUCAUUCUCUUUAUCUCCACUCCUUUUUUGCCAGGUGAAUAUUUCUCUGUUAGCAUUCCUAUUGGUUGAAAACUUAUUAGCUAAGAAGGAUUUUUCUGGAAUUUGAAUCAGUUCAUUUGGGCAACAGAAUAGUAGUAGAUGAGGCUUAAGAAAUAAUUUUCCUUGCUCGUUCUCUUUCCAUUUACAAAGCCCUGUAAAGAGGAUAGAGCUCCACACAGCUUUUAGUUGCCUUAGCUUUUGGUGCAAUUCUUGUUAGUGACUUGCUGUGUCUGUUGUCCUCUGUGUCUGUGUAUGCAUGGUAUUUGGCUACUUUGUUUGAAAAGCAGCCUGCUCUUAGAUUUAAUUGAUUGUUGUUUUGUUUUGUAUCAGUUACUUUGCAUGCAAGAAGUUUUGACAGAUUUUUAAUUGUUCUUUAAGCCCUAAGGGGCAGAAUUUUUUUCAUUUCUAGGAGAAAAGUAUGUGUUUAAUCAAAUCAACUGCCCACCGAUUGCUUUUUUUUAGAGGUCUCUGGUCUCUGUCAGCCAUGCUAAAAUCACUUUAACCUUAGUGAUUCUGGUUGAGAACACUCUACUUGAACUAAACAGACAUCUUUAUUUCUUUGUGAGUGUGUCUGUUUCUGUAUUUUGUGUGUCUGUGUGUGUGAGAAAGAGAGUUGGUGAAUGUGUGUGGGUAUUUUUUAAGUGAAGUUCUGCCUUGAAUGAAUCACUGGGAAGCUAUCCAUAGUGAGGGCUGAUGAAGUUGAGUAAAAAGGAAGGGCUUUAUGUUCCUGUUUGGACCCUGCUUGCAUGGAAAGGAAGUUCUAGUUCCUUGAAUAAGUAAAAAUCAGGAUUCAGGAAAAACAACCAAUUGUCCCCUUCUAGAUGGAUCAGAGGCAAGGUGAAAUAGUACCUACAGAGAUAAAAUCUUGACAUGUUGAUAGGGGACUUUCAAUAGUCUACUUACAUCACUGCUUUCUAGAUACUAAAAUAGCUGUUUUGAAACUUUAAAUUGCGUGGGUCGCAUUAUGCACUUUAAACAAUUUGGGUAUUGGCAUAUAGUUUCAUUGAGUAAUUUGAGUGGAUACCACUGAUGACAAUUUUACAAAUUGUGUAAAGCUAAUUCCCAUUUGGCAAUCACCUAUUGAGUUAUAAUGAUCAACAUUUUAUGAGCAUUUAAAUUUAUCAAGAAUUGCUGUGGAGGCUAUGCCUCCACCUGGAUGUGUUCCACUGAUUCAGGAGCCCAGGACAGGCCUUCCCGUGGGCUCAGCAGAACUGGCUGCCAGGUGAGUUUCAGAGCAGCCUUCCUGCAACCCUUUUGGUUGCUGGUUGUUAAUCAGACCAAGUUCUGAUUGGGGAGGAAAUUGAUAGAAAUCUUCUGGAGAAAAGAAUAAAUGCAUAUAGUCAAAUGGGUGCACUCUGUCCAGAAGAAUAAUCCGACUGGCAUUUGUGGUAGUUUUUGAACUGUAAAUGUUGUAUUCAUGUGUGUACUUGUAAAUAGUGUUUCUCGGAUGUCCUUUGAAAAGGGAGGGAAUCAACCCGGGGAUUAUUUCAAAUGGAAUAGAGUAUUUUGAUAUUGUUCAGAGGGUGAUGUGUACAUAUCUAUAUUGUAUAUAUGUGAUGAAAAUGCAUUGGCUUUUUGUGCACACACACUCUGCUCUCUGUACUGCUGUUGGACAGUCAGUGUUUUAAUGUUUCUACAGUUUUGCUAUUGCACGAUUUCAUAUUUUGCCUCUAUGAUGAACGGCACCCAUUCUUUGUAACUGUUUAGUGCUGUAAAGAAAUAUUCCAAGUGUCAUUAGGAUUGUUGCUGCCAGACCUGAUAUGCAUGAAUGGCACUUAAAAUAAAUAUAUUAUGUUACCUCUAUAA